UUGCCCAACCCACUUCUUAUCUCUUUAUUAAGGCAGCUACCUGUAUUCUGCUCACAGCAAUCAGCAGACAUGGCUUUCGUGGCAGCUCCUGGUUACCAGCCAGUCUAUAAUCCGGCGCUCCCUUUCCGGAACCCAAUCUAUGGCGGUCUGCGGCCGGGGAUGUCGGUUUAUAUUCAGGGCGUUAUCCCCCAUCAUGUUCACAGGUUUGCUGUGAACUUCUCCUGUGGUCAGUAUGACGGAACAGACAUUGCCUUCCACUUCAAUCCACGAUUCGAUGGGAAGGACCAUGUUGUUUUUAACUCUUUCCAGUCUGGCUCCUGGGGCCCAGAAGAGAGGAGACAUGAUGGCUUCCCUUUACAUAAAGGGAGACACUUUGAGCUGGUCUUUAUAGUUAAUAUGGGAGGUUAUCAGGUAAAUGUCAAUGGAUUACCAUUCUAUGAAUACCGUCACAGGAUUCCCAUUGAACGCGUGCAAUGCGUACAUGUAGACGGAGACGUGACCAUUCAAUCCCUCACAGUGGUCGGCGGAGGCGGAUACAUGGGUGGGGGUGCUGCGACACUUCCUUCCUUCCCUCCAGGAGGGGGACAAAUGCCGGGAUUUCCAGGUGGGAACCUACCCAUAUUGGGGGGCCCUACAUAUAACCCGCCGGUGCCAUACUUUGGAAUGAUGCCGGGAGGUUUAUCAUCCAAGAGAACAGUGAUAGUCAGAGGAUUUGUUCCAAUGGGAGCUCAGAAGUUUGUUAUUAAUUUCAAGGUGACAUCAACCAAUGAAAUCGCAUUGCAUUUUAACCCUCGAAUGAAUGAGAAUGCCGUGGUGCGGAAUAGCUUGCUGAGAGGAUCGUGGGGGAACGAAGAGCGAAACGUUCCGUUUAACCCCUUCCUUCCUGGACAGUAUUUUGAUAUCUCCAUCCGAUGUGGGAAUCAUCGCUUUAAAAUCUAUGUGAAUGGCCAGCACUUCUGCGACUACGGUCACCGGUACUCUGCGUUCCAGAUGGUCGAUGGACUUGAGAUCGAUGGCAAUGUGGUUUUAUCCCUCGUGCAGUUUUAAAAGCCUAUCUUCCACCCGGACCCACCCAGACCC